ACUCUGUAAACAAAAACGCAGGAAAAAAAGCCGGCAAUUGUCGAGUCAUUUCGUGCCAAAGAGUCAAAUGCCUUAGAAAUGCUCGACUGUUUUUCGAUAUUUUAUACAGUUAAUGUUUAAAAAAGUGUUCAAAUUUCAAAUUAAGUUUGUUUUCUUCCUUAUCACGCAAUGCUCUAUUGUAAAUUAUCCUGUACUUUCCAUUGUUUGCUUUUAAUAACAAUUCCAAUUUCGGUUCCUCACGGCAACAACACGUUCCAUGAAAACAGCGGCGUUUCAGUUUAUUCUUCCCUCUCGCAGUCACUUAUUACUCUAACCUUACCGAAAGCGAUACCAAUCAACAUUCUUGUACAGAGAUAAGGGUGUCAUUGACUAAUCUGGGGGAACAUCAGAGCAAAAUUUUCACGAAAUCCUUGGUAAUACACUUGUAAUGAAGUAAGACGGGCUUAAAAUAGAUCCCCAUCAGAGAACGUUACCCCUUACUAUUCUCGCCUCCUGAGAGCAUAGUUUAAGAUCUUCUUAAAACGGAACUUGGGUGAAUCCGGGGCGCAAUCUGCGCUGUUGAAGGUCAACAUCUCUUGUUUUGAUCAUGACUUUAUAACCUCGAGCCGAAGUGCGAUCACCAUUACCGAACACGGUCCAAUCUUCAAAGGAAUACAAAGCCAACAUUUGUGUUUUAAUAAAAUUGAUUUCCCAUCGUAAGGUUUGCGGUAUCUUGGUUUUAAUCUCUUCCAACUGUUGAUGUAAAUGACAGCGCACUUCCGGAUAAGUUUCUCCCGUGGUUUCACAUGCAAUGACUUCUGAUUGUUUGGCAACAAGAGAAGCCGUCCUCAUCUAAGCACCCAAUUCCAGCGAGAUCACUUCUUUGUUCGACGCAUUCAGGGUUACUACGCGGGAAAAACGCCUGAUGUGUCAGUUAAAUAUCUCGUGAGAAAAUCUGCAAGAUGAACAAUACUUGGGAAAGGCGAAUUCCCCCUCGAAGCAAAUUUAACGAUGAAGAAGCAACUGGCGUUUUAAGGCUUAUAGUAGAGCAGGAAAAGCUACUAAAAAAUGCUACAGCAAGCCCAGUAUUAUAUGCAAGUAUUUCUCCCAAGAGACAAAAGAAGUUACCACCGAUCAAUCUGCGGUCCGAGUCACUUGAUGAAAACGACUUUCAAAAUAAUCGGAGCCGAAAGUCACCAAGCCUGGAUGAACCGGAUAUUCUUAACAAACCUACACUUUUCAAAGGAAAGGACUUUAGAAAAAGUAGCGACCAACAUGGCUCAUUGCCAGGCAUUCCUAGCAAGGUUCCAGAUAUUUAUUGUUCGCCAAAAAUGGCGCGUCACAGAGAGCGGCCUCGUGGUUCUUACGGGCGAAGCCAUGAAAAUCUCCACGCAGACUGUAAUAGAAAAUCCAAAUCAUUAGAGUCUUGUGCAGAUUUGAAAAACGCAAAUAAUAACGAUCAAAGACCUAGUAAUCCUAUGUUUAAAGAGGAUUUACAGAACGAUAGUAAUACGUAUUACGCAUCAAGUGACGAGAUGAGUGGAGGGGAAGAAGUGGGGGCUAUCGCGCCAGAACCGCCAAAACGAACAACAACACCGACAUAUAUCAACUAAUUGUAUUCAUAGAAAAUAGCCUCAAGUCAAUAACCAAUAAAAGCAGAAUUUAGAUGAGAUAGUUAAGUAAAUAAGGUAGACGGGAUUAAGAAGAAAAAAUACCCCAUGCAGAGAGUAUAAAUGCGAAGUAAACAUUAGAAAUAUCUUAUGAAGGAAAUGGGAAAGCCGCUUGUACUAAGAGGAUGAAAAGAUAGCUAAAAUACAGGAAAACCAUGAUUUUGAAACUUCAAGGGUAAUAUCAUUUUUCUUUGGAAACAGUCAGUGAACAAUAAUCAACAUUCGAUAAUAUAUUUCACUGAUUGAUUGAAAAAAAAGGAAUAUUAUAUAUAGAACACAUAAAACGAAAGAAACUUUUGAUAGUAAAAAAAUAUAUUGGUAAUUAAUCAUACAACCCAAAACAAAUGACGGAAUUGAGAUAAAGUCAUGCUAACGAAGCUUUUUGACAGCAAAAACAGAGAAGUUUAUUGACACUUACGUGAAGGAAAAAAGAUCAAAUACUCUCGCAAUCUUUUUAUCACGUAUCUAAGAUGUUUGAAUUAGAAAAAAAUACGAAGGAGUUGGCGAAAGGAAGAAAGCCUUAUCGUGAUUCUAAAGAAAAUACCAUUAAUCCCAAAUAUAUUAUACUUAUAAUUUAAAUAUCUUCCGCUUCUUGGGCGAAUAAUAAAAUAAUAAUAAAAAAAAACAAGCAA